CGGCACUUUUGUCAUAUAGACUCAUUCAAGAAAAAAGAGACCGCGGAGUGGUCAGUGACAAAAAUCAAAAUGCUACGAUUCGUGUCUUUUACUCUUGCCAUUGUUGCAAUGUGCAACGGUCAGAUAGCUGUAGAACGGGAUCCCGUCUGCGGAACACGGAACGGUUUCUACGGCAUCGAAGGGAACUGCGAUGCAUACGUAGAAUGUCGGGACUACAGAUCAAGGGAAAUGCAGUGCCCUGACGGUCUCCACUUUGACCCUGCAGUGGCAUGGCCAAACUAUCCCUGUGGCUACCCCAUGGAGGUGGAUUGCGCAGGACGUGGUAUCGCUCAACCCGCUCAACCCAGCGCCGAGUGUCCGCACCUCUAUGGGUUCUUCCCGUCCCCCAAGGCCACAGCAGAUGAGUGUGGAUACUACCGCAUGUGUGUCGACGGUGUCGCCGUCGAGAUGGCCUGCCCCCCUGGGCUGGCCUUCAACCCCAGCAAUGCCCGCUGCGACUGGCCUGAUACUGUGUCCACUUGCAAUGCUGCUGCUUUCUUGGGAUUCACGUGCCCCCCUCCACCGGUAAAUGAAAUUGGUGAACUUAUAGAAGGGCCAGUUAACUACAAAUACGAAGGCAACUGCUUCGCGUUCUUCUCGUGCGAGGAAGGCCGCGCCCGGCUGCUGUCGUGCGACGCCGGCUACGGCUUCGACCCCGUCUCGGGCCGCUGCGUGGACGGCGAUAUUAUCAAAUGCUGAAAAUAGAUUAUAAUUUAUUAUUAUAGACCCAAGGUUGCAAAUAAGGCUUUUUAAAUAAAUAUUUAGGUAUCAUUUUUGAA